CUAUCUUGUACGGUUCGGGGGGUAAUCGGCGUACUCCGAUCAGUGGGGGGGGAAUCUUUGGCUCUAUCGAACAUACAGGGAAUUGGAGGUAGCAUUCCACCGAUGUUAAGUCAUGGACUGGUUCCUUCAGCCCUUUUUCUAUGUGUUGGUGUUCUAUAUGACCGACAUAAGACUCGACUCGUUAGAUAUUACGGAGGUUUAGUGAGCACCAUGCCGAAUCUCUCUACCAUUUCCUUCUCUUCCACUUUGGCCAAUAUGAGUUCACCUGGUACUAGCAGCUUUAUCGGGGAAUUUCCCAUCUCAGUAGGAGCUUUCCAAAGAAAUAGCUUAGUAGCCACAUUAGCAGCGCUUGGGAUGAUUUUAGGCGCGGCGUAUUCCCUUUGGCUAUAUAAUCGUGUGGUUUCUGGAAAUUUAAAACCCGAUUUCCUAAAUAAAUUCUCCGAUCCAAAUGGCAGAGAAGUUUCCAUAUUUAUACCUUUUCUUGUUGGAGUUGUUCGGAUGGGUGUUCACCCCAAAGUGUUCCCGGACCGCAUGCAUACAUACGUAAGUAACUUAGUGCAACAUGGCAAAUUGAAUUGAGAGGAAUCAGCAAAGAAAAGAAAAACGGGUCAACUUAUGUGUAUUUUUGAGAGAUUGUCCUCGGCUCGGGCUGAGGAGUGUCCGCAUGAGUUCGUUGAGGUGUCUACACAGGUUCGAAGACGCUCUUUUAUAUUCUGUCGAGAGUUCGGAUUGCUCCACCUAAGUAGAACGAAAAGAAGGAAUUGGAAAUUAAAAGGGGGAGCCAGAUCGCUUCCGGUAGCUUGCUGACUCUCCUAGUAAGAAGAAAAGGCUCUUUGGCGAAUUCUUUAGAUCUGGGUAGAGUCUCGCUCAGUAAAGAGGGUUGUAAAUUCUUAAGAUCAUGAUAAAGUCCCCUUUACUUGAUAUUCUAUUAGUAAAGCGCUAGCGCGCCCCCUUCCUUUACUUUAGAAGCCGUUGCUUGUUUGGGUCGAGCGUCUUCAAACCUCCUCUGAUUCCGAUAAAUCGGUCAAGCGGGGGCUACCCUCGACUCACCUCUCUAUCUAUAAAAACCCCUCCCCGGAGGAGAGCGGAAGCUCCAGGAUGAGAAUGAAUCCGGGAAUCCAGGACAUACUCAUCCUGAUCCACCAUGGAAUUUUCGGAAUCUACAAAAACAUUCUAGGAGAGGGCUCGUAAUGAUCUUCUCAAAGAUCACAAGAUGCUGAAGUGGCAGGCAGGAUAGGGGGGGGACCUGUAGGUUUUUGUGAAAGGGAUGCUCUUAUCAUGUUAUUGCUGAAAAGAAAAAGAAAAUUCCUCUAUUUUUUUUAUGUCGAUUCAUCCAUACUUCCAUUCUUUGUAGAGGGAGGCUAACUGCUUGCCGGCUGGGAGCUGUAUGAGCGGUAACGUCC